AUGGAGUCCCCAACUGAUCUUCGUUUAAAAGCUUACCGUCUGAUUGCUUACUCGGCUGUCGGAUUCUCGGUCACCGCCGCUGUUUCUUUGUGCCUGACCCUUCCGCUCAUCUACUCUUAUGUCCAGAACACUAAGACCAAUCUGGAAAGAGAAUCAAUGUAUUGCAAGGUAUCAGAUCUGUUUGUGAAUGAAUCCAAUUAUUUUAUGUUUCAGAGUUCGGUGCAAGAUAUGUGGUCUGAAAUCAACAAUGUAAACGAGUUGUCAUUUAACAGGACGGCAAGACAGGCGGGAUACACUUCAGGAGGAGCUGACGCUGGAGCUGGAACUGGAGGGCCUGCAGCAGGCGGUGGUUGUUCUGGAUGUUGCAAUCCUGGCCCACCAGGUCCAGGAGGAUCUCCAGGAAAACCAGGAAAGCCAGGAAAACCGGGAGCUUCUGGAGCUCCAGGAGCUCCAGGAAAGGGAGCUGCAGUUCCAUGCGAAGCCAAGACUCCACCACCAUGCCAACCGUGUCCCCCAGGACCACCAGGGCCCCCAGGACCAGACGGACCAGCUGGACCACCCGGAGGAGCCGGAGAAGCAGGAGCCCCAGCCGCUCCAUCACCACCAGGACCACCCGGACCUCCAGGACCAGCAGGAGCUCCAGGAAAUGACGGAGCCGCCGGAGCUCCAGGACCAGACGGACCUGCCGGAGAGAGCAAGUAUCCAGAGCCAGCAGGACCAGGACCAGCGGGACCACCAGGACCGGCAGGACCACCAGGACCAGAUGGAGCAAGCCCGACUGCUGCUCCAGGAGCACCAGGACCAAAGGGACCACCAGGACCAGGAGGAGCUCCAGGAGCCGAUGGAAAUCCAGGACCGCCAGGACCACCCGGAAACGCAGGAGGCGAAGGUGAAAAGGGAAUCUGCCCCAAGUACUGCGCCAUCGAUGGAGGAAUCUUCUUCGAGGACGGAACUCGCCGCUAA